AUGGACCUCAAGGACAUACCCAACGAGAUUCUUGACCUGAUCAUUGGGCAAUUGUUUAGACUGAAAACCCUCGGGGACCCCGAGAAAAUUCGGGAAGUCCGCAAGCACCUUCUCCCCGCCCGCCUCGUUUGCCGACGAUGGAACUCCAUGGCAACUGGACACCUGUAUCAAACCCUGGAGCUAGCACCCGCAAAGACUGUCAACGACGACGAGGAUGAGUUUGAAGGCUGGAACAGGAUUCUCGACCUUGAAGCCGCCAGGAAUGCUGCUCAACGAGUCAUCAUCCAGAGCUGCCACAAGGACGCGAAGGAGUAUGGGGACUGGCCAGAUUGGCCGGGUGGGAGGUAUCCAGCCUUUACCUCAGCCCUUCAACGCAUCAAGCAGCUGCCGAAUCUCAAAGCGAUCGAGCUGCACUUCAGCGAAAAAUGCAAAGGCCAGUGGUUCCAGCUUCGGGGCUAUGGAGACGAUGUCGAGUCAGCCGAGUCUCGACUACACACGCUCAAGGCGGUUUUCGUAGCCAUUCGGGACCGAGCGGUGCACUCCAAUCCCGAAAUUAGCCCAAUUCGGUCCUUGACGAUUCGAAAUCUUCAAAACAUGGCGCAUCAAGAAUUUGUCGACUCUGCUCUUUUCAGAGACGUCGCGAAGGACAUCGAUCGUCUCCACCUGUUGAUCACAGAAGAGUAUAAUGAACACGGCCCAGACCACGACAUCUUUAAGGAGGAUCGCUUAAAAUUCGAGGGUCAUCUGCAUCGACAAAUUCUCCCUCACUUCGCGGCCAACCUCACCGCCUUGACCUUGAGUUUCCACGAGUGCUGGGGCACCAUGCCGGGAUACUUUGAUGGGGCGGGCCCAAAGCUUCCUCGCCUCAAGACCCUGACUUUGGGAAACUUCGUCAUCAGCAACAACCACCAUUUUGACUGGGUUCUCUCACAGAACUCGCUGGAGACUUUACGUUUGGACAGCUGUUCUAUCGUCUCUCACAUUAACAUUGACACCGAGCCUACGGAAAAAUGGAAUCUCCACAAGGAAGACUGGCAGCGUCUACCCAGAGGCUCUUACGGUAUCUCUUCUGGUGGUGCCGAGAUCUACAGGUUCGAUGGCACAUGGGAGGCUGUUUUUGACAAGAUCCGUCACAGCCUUCCCUACCUGAAAGACUUUCGCUUUGACAAUGAUUCCAACGGACUUCACUUCCUUCGUCCAACCAGGAUUGGUACCGUGCUGUAUCCUUCUCGAUACACUAAUUUCGACAUGGGAAUGUGUCCCAGUCCAUGGUUAUUGACGGACAGUGCGACUGGUAAGAUGGAGUUUGGAGACAACAAUCUCGGUUCCUCUGACGACAGUGAUGAUGACGAUUCUUAUAUGAACCGCUCGAAAGAAACAAAAGAAGGCGACGCUAGAGCAUUCAACGAUCUUCUCAGUGCCUGCCGUGGGAGACAUGAGUACUUGGUGUAA